AACCUCUCCUCCUCCCCCUUCUCUUCCUCCACGAGCGGCACGGCGGAACCACAUUCUCUCUUCCGCCUCCUCCGCUCGUUUUGAUCUUUCCUACCUCCAUCUCCGGCUCUCUUUGUAUUAAGAUUGUUACGCCUCUCUGUGCUCGAAACAUGUAGCUUCCCUGAUAAUCUUCUCACGCUCUGGUUUCUGACGUCCCGUAGAGUUCUCCGGUGGUGUUUCGUUGCGGGCCAUUCUUUCGUCUCUUCUUUGAGAUUGAGAAAGGAGGAGUAAAGGUGGGAUUUUUAUGAGAUUGAUGGUAAAAAGAUUGUUCUUUUGCUUCGUUCGUGGCUUCUAUUGCAGUCGAGGUCGAGGUGGAGGCCGAUCUAGAUUGUAAGCGCAUCGGAAGCUUUCUUCUGUGGGCUGAUACUGAACAAGAAUUCGGGAGGGUUCUCAGCUGGUAUCAGAGCUGUUCUAGAUCACUCUGGCCGUCACUGAGGUACCAUCCUCUCGCACCUUGAGAAAGGUGUGGGCUCAGGAGGACGCGCUCUUCCCUCUACUCUCCGUUCCAAUCUCCACUCUCCUUAUUGUCUGGCUUCUCUGUCAGAUGGUUAAUGGAUCGCCGGUCGACAAUGGCUAACCCGUAAAUUCAUUUCAGUAGAUACCACCUACCAGUCCUUCGUCGUUUAAGCUUCUUGUAACCCCAUCGAGUCUGGUAGCUGUUCUUUAGAAUCAUAAGGAGAAGGUACUUGUCAAACGUAUCAGGGAUCUUGUGUUGUUGAUGAGUUUCGUGAUAUCGGUAAAGAUGACAAGAAUCAGUUGCUUCCCUGCUCUUCUGAUUGGAAAGAAGAAGAAAUCCAAAGAGUCCUCAAAGAUUAUUCAUCCGAAAAAGGAGAAUGGCAAUGGAGAUUUUUCAGUUGAGGCAGAAGAAUUCGUCUAUGCAUCUAUCGAGAAGGCAAGAAAGGAGGCAUCUUUCGAGGACUCUGUGUCAGUAAAAACUCGGGUGAAGGAGGUCCCUUCAACCAAUGUGAAAUUGGUGAGGAACGGCAAGAAGGAUGAGGAUUUGGUUCAAACCGAUGCGACGAUUGAGGCAGCUUAUGAGGGAGGUGAUGAACAUGAUGAUUUCUUGUCGAUGAAAAGAGAUUUCUCUGACUUCGAUCUCCAGGCCCUGGCAGAAGAAAAGGGUGAAACCACUUGCCACGGUUUGAAUCAAGAAUUGAGCAAUGGUGGAUUGGAGAACGUAUCUGAGAAUCUCGAUGACAUCACACCCGAAGUAAUGAUCCAGAGUGGGCAUGUAAGUGAUCCAGGGAUGGGCCGGACCACUGCUUUCUGGGGGUCUCCCAUGUUAAUGCGCUCAUGCUCUAAUAUUGAGACGAAGAGAGCUAGUAAAUUGUUUAGGUCCACAACCAAUGCCCGCUCGUAUGAUGAUGACCUUCAAAACUUAUCUGGAAAUUUCCUUGGAGAAGCACCAAAGUCAAUCCAAGGCAGCCCGACAUCAGUAAUUACCUCAUGGAGUGCCGAUAAAGUGAUGCUAAAGAAGAGGUCUUCGAGUCAGGUGCUUCCUUCAAGAAGUAGGAAGCUUUGGUGGAAGCUUUUUCUAUGGAGCCACAGAAAUCUUCACAAGACUUGGUCUUCGAAACCAGAGAGGAAUGUCACCGUCGAUGAUGCUUCCAAUCAGAAAGAUGGUUAUUGCUCUGAUACACUCGAACCAAGCUGCGGGGCUGAUUUGAAGAACAAGAAAGCCGUGGAAGAAUCUGACAUUAGAUGUAGGAAUGGUGCAUGGCCUCCGAACCAGUGGGUUGCUUUUUCUGCAGAAUCUUCUUCCUUCGAUAGAGUCAGUGCUUGGGUUCACAAUCUUGAUGACAGUCCAUUCUGCCCAAUCGAGGACGAUGAGAACGAAGAAGAUGAAACAGCAGCAGGGUCUCAGACACACCCAAAUUUUCUGGAGACCGGAGAAUCAUCCAGCAAAAACUGCGCUCGAAAUUGCCGGCGUGCAGCAGAGGAGGUCUUGCAGGCCAACAACAUCAUCCAAUCUCUGAAUUCACUUUCCUCGGUGGCUCACAUUGCCAGCAUGGGCUUAAAGGUCAUACCAGCAAUUUCAGUUUUCACCAGCCUCCGGUCAGUCAAUUUAUCUGGCAACUUGAUAGUUCACAUUUCGCCUGGAUCUUUACCCAAGAGUCUCCACAUGCUCGACUUGUCGAGGAACAAGAUUGGCACAAUCGAAGGACUCAGGGAACUGACAAGGCUUCGCGUUCUUAAUCUCAGCUAUAACAGAAUCUCGCGAAUAGGUCAUGGGCUGUCAUACUGUACUCUAAUCAAGCAGCUGUAUCUGGCCGGGAACAAGCUUAGCGGUGUUGAGGGACUUCACAGGCUUCUGAAGCUCACAGUUCUUGACCUGAGCUUCAACAAGAUAACCACAGCAAAGGCAUUGGGCCAGCUUGUUGCCAACUACAACUCCCUGUUGGCCCUCAACCUGCUUGGGAACCCGAUUCAGAGCAACAUCGGAGACGACCAGCUACGUAAGGCAGUCUGUGGCCUCCUCCCACAUCUAACGUAUCUGAACAAGCAGCCUAUCAAGCCGCUAAGGGCAAGGGAAGCGGCAACCGACAGCGUUGCCAAGGCUGCCCUCGGAAACAGUGGCUGGGGAACACGGAGGAGGGCGACCAGGCGAGUUGGCCAGGUCUCAACUAGUUCAGUUAAGGGCAUGACCGGCGAGGGAAGCAGCCAUAGAGGUGCAGGUAGCGGCGGCGGGCACAAGAGCAGCAGACAUCGAUCAAAGAGCAGGCACCAACACUCCAUUUCUACGAGGAAAUAAGCGCAUCGAGCUUGUGGGUUUCCAAAGUAUCAGACCUUUAUGAGAUCCACGCGUGGACCAAAUCUAAAGAUGUUAUUCGACAGAGUUUAGGCCUAAAUUAAGGAUUUGAUUGCAGUAUGGUAACACCAUCGGAGGUGUGAUGUGAAGAACCCAAAGUCACAUUCUUGGAACUCUGUCAAUGUUGUUGUUCCAUGUUCUGUCUCCUGUACAGCUAUAAAUUCUUUUGUCUGGUAGACAUGUAUGUUGUUUGAUCUGAGCUACUCAUUCAUCAUUUUUCUAAGAAGUUUCAAUUAGAUCUGUGUGACAGAUUGUUUUA